AUGCUCCGUUCAAUUCUCGGACUCAUACUCACAUCCGCACUGACAGCAACUGCUUUCCAGGCAUCUCAACAAGUCUUCCAGGAAGAAGACUACUUUGAGCAGAAUUUAUACGAAGCCCCGUCUUGCAAUAAUACACUGCUGUCGUGCCAUUGGAAUGGAAGAGUCGAUUCUUGCUGUACUCCAAAAUAUGGGCUGGUAGUUCUCACAUUACAAUGGGUUCCUGGCUUUGGUCCAGAUAAAGAAUUCACUAUUCAUGGCUUGUGGCCAGAUACAUGCUCUGGUGGAAGAGCACCAGGUAAUGGAUGUGAUCGCAGUCGAGUGGCCAACAACAUAGGAAACAUUGUGCGUGACAUGGAUCCUAGUCUACACUCUGAAAUGUCAACAUUUUGGCCAAGUUACAAAGGAGAUAAUAAUUGGUUCUGGUCGCAUGAGUGGAAUAAACAUGGUACAUGUAUCAGUACUCUCAGGCCCUCGUGCUAUGGUAAAGAAUAUACAAAAUACCAAGACGUCACAGCCUAUUUCAAGCAAGCAUUGGAACUUCGUCACUACUAUGAUUUGUUUGGUGCUCUCAAUUUGGCAGGUGUAAUUCCAGGACAGACAUAUAAUGUACAGACUAUGAUCGAACCUCUUGAGAAAUACGUUGGAGCCAAGAUCAAGAUGGAUUGUGAUCGCAAGGGCCAGCUGUCCGAAGUGUCGAUGUUCUUCUAUGUUGAAGGGCGUGACAAAUAUAAGAUCACCGAUGCAUUCCAGAAAGGAAACUGCAGAGGUGCUGUAUGGUAUCCAAAGAAGUACUAG